AUGAGAUGGAUAUAUCCAGUAUUUAUGAAGGGUAUGCGAAAUAAUCGUUUGGAUUUUGAUGACAUGUAUCGGUGCUCCCAAUACGACACUUCCCACAGUUUUAUCACGGAAUGCGUGGUUCGUAUGAUACAGGCUUUACUACUCGGUUAUGUUAUUGAUUAUUUUGGUGGCGUUGACCUAAUUAAAUAUGACCAUGCUUGUAUGGCGGCCGGUGGUGUUUGCCUAUGCGAUAUAUUAACCACUGUUUUAAGUACUAACAGUAGAGUACGUUUAACUCAACUGGGAAUGCGAGCCCGAAGUUCCUGUUGUACUCUAAUGUAUAAAAAGUCACUCAAACUGAACCAGUUAUCAAUGGGAACGACAACUUUGGGUCAGAUUAUAAAUUUAAUGUCCAACGAUGUAACUCGAUUUGAUCAGUUUCCACUAUUCUGCAAUUAUUUAAUAAUAGCGCCAAUUCAGUCGGUCAUUAUUAUAUAUAUAAUGUACACUUAUAUAGGAUGGGCAGGCUUUGUGCCUGUUGCAUUACUAGUUUUAUUAAUUGUAUUUCAAUUUUUUAUGAGCAAAAUGUUUUCAAAAGUCAGAUUAAUGACCGCAAAGCUUACUGACACUAGGCUUCAGCACAUGGUUGAGAUCAUAUCGGGUAUGCGUAUCGUUAAAAUGUAUUCCUGGGAACAGCCCUUCGCAGACCUCGUGGCGGAGGCCAGAAAACAGGAAGUUUCGUGUAUACAGAGAUCUUGCUUUCUAAAGGCAAUCAAUAUGUCGCUGAAUAGUUUGGUACCUAGGUUGAUGGUAUUUUUCUGUUUCAUUACCUUGGUGCUCACCGGUGGAGUACUGUACGCUAAAGCUGUAUUUGUGUCCAUGAUGCUUGUUACCUGCAUAAGAAACAAUAUGACCGGGUGCUUCCCAGAGUCAAUCACUAUGGGGGCCGAGUUAUUAGUUUCUUGUAAUAGAAUUCAAACAAGUGGCAAACAAUUGCCUGAAGUAUACAUUAAUAACAUAACAGCCAAAUGGAGUGAUGAAAGCCCGUAUCCAACACUUGAGAAUAUAUCGGCACAUUUAAGACCCGGGGAUUUAUUGGCUGUUAUCGGACCGGUGGGAGCGGGAAAGAGUUCACUCUUAAUGACAAUUCUGAAUGAACUGCCGGUUCUGUCGGGAAGUAUCGAAACGGUGGGAACGAUGAGCUACGCCACUCAGGAGGCCUGGAGUUUCAACACUAGUGUCCGAAAUAACAUACUUUUUGGGGCCGAAUAUAACGAUAUCCGAUAUAAGCGAGUGCUAGAGUUGUGCGCUUUGGAGCGAGACUUUGAGAUCUUCCCGUUCGGAGACAAGACAUUAGUCGGUGAGAGAGGAGUACAGCUGUCGGGCGGACAGAAGGCCCGCAUCGGGUUAGCCAGAGCUCUGUACCGAAACUCUGAUAUCGUAUUAAUGGACGACCCGUUGAGUGCUGUCGACACUAGUGUUGCCGAACAUAUAUUUGAUAAAUGUAUAGUCGACUACUUGUGCGACAAAAUCCGUAUUCUAGUCACACAUCAAAUCCAAUUCAUACGAAAAGCGACACAAAUAUUGGUUUUGAACGACGAGGGAAAGUGUCUGGGAUUGGGAUCCUAUGAUGAGCUCCAGUCCCGGGGCUUAGACUUCAUGUCUAUUCUCAGCGAUCAGGAGAGAGAAGUCGACGAUAAGCCGGAACAACAUAUGGAUGACAAUUUUGACAGCAACAUAAAUACCCAUGGCACUUUAGUUGCAGAGAAUUUGACACUAAAUAAUGGAGAGAACGUUGUCCAACCAAAAACAAUUGACGAGGGCCGUGAAACGGGUUCAAUAUCCGGGAAAGUAUAUUGCACAUUUAUCAAAGCAGGCACCGGACCUUUGACUGACAAAAAUCAAAACACGGCUAACAUUAAGACCUCUGAGCAGAACAGAGAUGUGAUUAUUUACUCCUCACUGAUGGCCGCGCUGUUCAUCGCAUCCCUAUUGAGAGCCAUCACAUGGUUUGUGAUGUUUAUGAGGGCUUCAGUUAAUCUCCACAACAAUAUAUUCUACCGGCUAUUACGGGCCCCGAUGUCUGUGUUUGAAAAUAACCCAGUUGGUCGCAUAUUAAAUCGCUUUUCAAAAGAUCUUGGUACAGUCGACGAACAACUACCAAGUACAGCGCUUGAUUUUAACAUGAGUCUGACUCAAGGUGUCGGCGGAAUAAUAAUAAUCACGAUUGUUAAUCCAUAUUUGAUUAUACCAUCAUUUAUCUUAAUUGUAAUAGUUUUGGCAGCUAGGGCUGUUUACAUCAAGUCAGCUAGGGACAUUAAACGGGCCGAAGGUUUAAGUAAAAUUAGCAUUAGUCCUAUGUGCUUAUCCCAUAAACUUAACAUUAUCCAUAUGAUUUGUAUUAUCCAUAUCUGUGACUGCAAUUUCAUCCCGGAGUCCAGUGUACAGUAUUCACACGUGAGCACUACAUUUAAUGGGUUGGCCAGUGUUAGGGCCUUUGGGGCCCAGGAUAUGUUUGAGAGACAAUUUUACAUAUACCAAGAUGAUCACUCGGCCACCUGGAUGCUCGUCACUACUGCUAACUAUGCGUUUGCCUUAAUAAUAGACGGACUGUGUUUUCUCUAUACAGUCAUUAUAUUCACGGUUUUUAUGGUAUGCCCUGAAGAGUUAGGCGCGGGUGAGACCGGACUGGCCUUAUCAUCAGCCUUAAUGUUGAUGGGAUUGACUCAAUGGGGAGUCUGCCAGUCGGCUGAGGCGGAGAGUCAGAUGACUUCAGUCGAGCGCAUCAUUGAGUACUCAAAACUACCGCAAGAGGCGGCCCUCACAGCCCAUGACAGCCAUAAACCCCCUCCCGAUUGGCCACAGAAGGGACGGAUAGAGCUCAAGGAUAUGAGUCUAUACUACGAGGGAUCAGACAAACCGGUGCUCAAGAACUUGAAUUGUGUGAUCAAUGCGGGCGAGAAGGUAGGCAUCUGUGGCCGGACGGGCGCCGGCAAGUCGUCCAUCAUAUCAGCGCUGUUUCGUAUGGUUGAGCCAAAGGGGCGGAUAGUAAUGGACGGCAUUAACACGGGAUCUAUUGGUUUGCGUGACUUGCGGUCAGUCAUCUCAAUCAUACCUCAGGAUCCGGUGGUCUUCACGGGAAGUGUCCGAAAAAAUUUGGAUCCUUUCGGCGAAUAUAGCGACCAAAACAUAUGGAGUGCCUUAGAAGAGGUGAAGCUGAAGGGGGCGGUGGGGGACCUCCCGGGCCAGUUGGACGCCCAGUUGGCCGAAGGGGGCGCUAAUCUCAGUGUAGGUCAGCGGCAGUUGGUAUGUCUGGCGCGGGCUAUACUGCGACACAAUAGGGUACUAGUGCUGGACGAGGCGACCGCUAAUGUUGACCAUAAAACCGAUGCUUUAAUUCAGGCGACAAUUCGCCGCAAAUUCAGUGACUGUACUGUCCUUACAAUCGCUCACAGACUCAACACUAUUAUAGAUUGCGAUCGCGUUUUGGUGUUAGACGCGGGAGAGAUCAUAGAGUUUGACGAACCGUUUGUUUUACUGCAACGAAAGGUACAGUUGUAUGACAUGUGCCGCAAGACUGGGAAACAUAUGUUCAAUCAUUUACUAAAUAUGGCUAAAGAAUUACAUCUUAAGAGACUUAAUGCCACACAAGUCGACGACGAGGACAGGGAUUGGGAGUAGUGAUGGAAAU